AUGGCUGAUACCACCACGCCCUUGAGAUAUGUCGAUAUUGGGAUCAACCUCGGAGAUCCAGUCUUUCGAGGCACUUAUCAUGGAAAAAAGGUUCACGAAAAUGACCUAGAAGACAUUAUCCAGCGUGCACAAGAUGCUGGCUGCACGAAAAUGAUGAUUACUGGUUCCAAUCUUCGCGAAUCGAGGCAUGCCAUUGAUUUGGCCAAGCAAUAUCCCGGGACAUGCUAUGCUACUGUCGGUGUGCAUCCUUGUUCGACGCAAGACUUUGAGCGUUACAAAGGCGGUCCAACAGAGUUGAUCAAAGACCUUCGAGCCCUUGCCCUAGAGGCCAAGAUUGGCGGACACGCGGUUGCUUUCGGUGAGAUUGGACUCGACUAUGACCGCUUAUUCCUAUCGCCCAAAGAGACACAGUUGAAGUACUUUGAGCUCCAACUGGAUUUGGCCGUCGAAAUGCAGCUCCCACUUUUCCUACAUUCCAGAGCCUGCAGUCCCGACUUUGAAAACAUGAUAGAAGCUCGACUGGAUAAGCUACCUAAACGAGGCCUAGUCCAUAGCUUUACUGGCACCGUCCCAGAACUGCAGGCAUUGAUCAAUUUAGGGUUUGACAUCGGGAUCAAUGGUUGCAGUAUGAAGACCGAAGAAAACCUCCUGGCCGUCAAAGAGGUGCCACUGGAAAGACUCCAGAUUGAGACCGACGGGCCAUGGUGUGAGAUUAGACCGUCACAUGCAUCAUCCCAAUUUCUCAAAGACGGACCUGCCGUACCGAAGGCAGUCAAGAAAGAAAAAUGGCAAAAAGGGUUGAUGGUCAAAGGCAGGAACGAGCCCGCUACGAUUGUGCAGGUCGCCCACGUGAUCGCCAAAGUCAAAGGGAUCUCGGUGGAAGAGGUCUGCGAGGCCGCCUGGAGAAAUUCCACUCGAAUGUUUGGUUUGGGGGAAGCAGUGGAGAAGGAAUGA